GAUAUCGCUGUGAGGAGCUUGGGCGAUUUCAAUUGCACAAUGUCGCAAAAUGUUGCAGUGGUGUGAGCAACUUUCAUCCCAAGUGCACGAAAAAUACAAUAUACAAUUUGUGUGCAGAUAUGAGAAGUUGUGCUGAAGCCUCAUGACUGUCAUCUAAUUUGGUGAAGGGACGACAUAUUUCUGAUGGCAGAGACCAAGAAACCUGAAGCUAGGUACUUCAUUGCUAAAUGUGCCAACAUCGCAUCUCUGAAGAAGUGUUGUGUUUCUGGCAUCUGGGCCUGUAGAGACAGAACCAACUCUCAAGAACAGCCCAGAACCAUUCUGUCUCAAGGCCUCAGAGAGGGUCGUGUGGUGUUGAUAUUCAGUGUAAACAACUGUCAUGGUUGGCAUGGUUACUGUGAGAUGAUUGACAGGCCCGGGCACUAUGAGCCAGAUGACAAAGAAGAGAAAGGCCAAGUAGAUGGAGAAUCAGGGGAGACAAUCCAAUGGCAUUAUUUUCGAGUUGUAUGGAAAUACUUAUUUCUGCGUGAAUUCAGUGAGCAGUGUGUUCCAUUUACAGAGACUGAGUUCUUGCUUCCAGAUGGUACACCUGUGAAUAAGUCAAGAAACUGGCAAGAGCUGCCACCUGGUAUUGGUGAGAAAAUGUGCCAUCUUGUUGAGAGUUUAUACAGUGAAUUGACAUUGAAACGUAAACAAAAAGAGAAUGAAAAGACAGCUCAACGUCCACCACCCUUUCUGGAAUCAGAUGACUGUGGGAGUGUGAAUGAUUAUUGGGCAAGUGUUGUUGAGAAGGUUGAGAGGGAGCUGGGCAGAGUUCAUUUAGCAUGUCCAUUUGGAAGUCAAAGAUACAAUCUGGCUGGGCCGGAGAGCGACAUCGAUGUGUUUAUUGUGUAUCAGGCGGACACAGCAAGUCUCCUGGGCUUCAAUCCUCCAAAACAGACAAUCAAGAACAGUGACCGAGAGCGAUGUGACUACACAAUUCUUGAACUGCACCGUUACUGUGAGCUGCUCUGUGGGGGAGACCCACGGUGUGUGGAGACUCUGUACAUGAACCAGUCUACUGUCAUCCAUAGCUCCCCACAGUGGAGGCAGCUCACACAGCUUGCGCCACUCAUGCACACAAGACAAUGUCUGGACAAGUAUUUACGAGAUGCUCAGGGGUCAAAUGGGGUCAAACAGUACAGAAAGUGGUGUGAUGAAAACCCAGGUCACAGUGACCUUCCAGCUAAGAUCAACAAGCUCUGUUACAUCAUCAUCCGACUUCUCCAGAAUGCAAGAGAUGUGGUGAAGAAGGGACCUAUCCGUGUAUUCCGUGAAGAGGGGAGUGAGGAGAGGAGAGUCAUCCUGUCUGUCCGCCGUGGGGAACUUACAGCCAGUCAGGUGCUACAGAAUAUACACAGUCUACAGGAAGAAAUAGAUAAGGGUCGGGAUGAUCUCACCACAGACAGUCCAGCAAGUUCAGUGGAGAAGUGGCUCCUUCAGCAAAGAUACUGUAAUUUUACUGAAAACUUUCCCCUGGCCAAGAAGAAUGAAUAACAGUCACAAGCUGUGAUAGCAAGGUUAUAUCAUACCUGGAUAUUAUGACAUUUAUAUAUAU